AUGGAUGUGGCCAACAACACUACCUCCCCUGAACGCUCUCCCGAGGGAGAAAGUGGCCACGGCCUCGCUGAGGUGACCCUGGGCUACCAGCUGCUCACCUCCCUGCUCCUGGGCACGCUCAUCCUGUGCGCCGUGAGCGGCAAUGCCUGCGUGAUCGCGGCCAUCGCCCUGGAGCGCUCCCUGCAAACCGUGGCCAACUAUCUCAUCGGCUCGCUGGCCGUCACCGACCUCAUGGUGUCCGUGCUGGUGCUGCCCAUGGCGGCCCUUUACCAGGUGCUGAACAAGUGGACUCUGGGGCAGGUCAUCUGCGAUAUCUUCAUCUCGCUGGACGUGCUGUGCUGCACCUCUUCCAUCCUGCACCUGUGCGCCAUCGCCUUGGACAGGUACUGGGCCAUCACGGACCCCAUCGACUAUGUCAACAAGCGGACUCCCCGCCGGGCCGCCGUACUCAUCAGCCUGACCUGGCUCAUCGGCUUCUUGAUAUCCAUCCCGCCCAUGCUGGGCUGGAGAACGCCCGAGGACCGCUCAAACCCCGACGCCUGCACCAUUAGCAAGGACCACGGGUACACCAUCUACUCCACCUUCGGCGCCUUCUACAUCCCGCUGCUCCUCAUGCUGGUGCUCUACGGCCGCAUCUUCAAGGCAGCCCGCUUCAGGAUCCGCAAGACAGUCAAGAAAGCGGAGAAGAAGAAAAUCGCCGACACAUGCCUCACCCUCUCCCCGGCCGCCCUGCAGAAGAAAAGCAACGGGGAGCCCGGCAAGGGCUGGCGACGGACUGUGGAGCCCCGGAGCGGUGCCUGUGUCAACGGCGCGGUGCGACAGGGUGAGGACGGGGCGGCCCUGGAGGUCAUAGAGGUCCAGCGCUGCAGCAGCUCCUCCAAGACUCACCUGCCGCUGCCCAGCGAAGCGUGCGGCUCCCCGCCGCCCCCCUCCUUCGAGAGGCGCAACGAGAAGAACACGGAAGCCAAGCGGAGGAUGGCUCUGUCCCGGGAGAGGAAGACUGUCAAGACCCUGGGCAUCAUUAUGGGCACCUUCAUUCUCUGCUGGCUGCCGUUCUUCAUCGUGGCGUUGGUCCUGCCCUUUUGUGACAGUAAGUGCUACAUGCCCGAGUGGCUGGGGGCAGUCAUCAACUGGCUGGGCUAUUCCAACUCCCUCCUUAACCCCAUCAUCUAUGCCUAUUUCAACAAAGACUUCCAAAGUGCUUUUAAGAAAAUUAUCAAGUGCAAAUUUUGCCGACAGUGA